AUGGCGAACAUGGAUCGUGUCGUUGAGCUCUUUACGCUCCUAGGCCUGAGUAUUCUCGUCGUCAUACUGCGCAUGUUCGUUCGCAUCCAAGCUGUAGGACUGCGAAGACUGGAGGCUGACGAUUUCCUAGUAAUACUAGGCAUGGCAGCAUUCAUCGCCGAGUCGACGCUCGCAUACCAGGUCAACGCAUGGUACGACGGCUUUGCGAAUAGUGGCAUGACGGAGGACCACCGAGCAACGCUGGAUCCGAACGGAGAAGAAUACAUGAAAAGGGUGGAUGGGUCGAAAACCCAAAUGGCCGGCUGGGUCAUGUACGCCUUGGUGCUCUGGUCGCUGAAAGCCGCCAUGUGCUCACUCUUCCUGCGCCUUACCAGCCGUCUCGGCAGCUACAAGAUUCGAAUUCAGAUAGGAUUUGGUCUUUUACUCGUAACUUGGCUCAGCGUCACACUGGCUAUAAUAUUCAGUUGUACGCCAAUAUACAAGAACUGGCAGGUUUACCCCGACCCUGGCCUGAACUGUCAACCUGCACUGUCUCGCAUCAACAUCUUUGUAACUCUUCUUCUCAACGUCGCUACCGAUUUGUACCUUCUCACCAUUCCUUUGCCACUCCUGUGGUCGGCCAACAUCAAGCCAAUGCGCAAAUUGGGCUUGAUCCUACUCUUCUCAGGUGCUGUGUUCGUUAUGCUGGCUGGCGUUCUCCGAUGCGUCUUGAUUCUUGCCAACGACCAGACUGGAGCGAUUGACGGAUCGGCAUGGGCAGUCCGUGAGACCUUCGUCGCGGUCAUGACCACGAACCUCCCAGUCAUAUUCCCACUCAUUAAGGGCUGGAUAGGGAGCUGUUUUGGUAUCAUUAGCAGCAUUAAAGAGAGCAGGCCAACAGGAGUUCCUCAUGGAAGUAUCCCCCUUCCUGAUGGUAGUUGGUCACGUAAGGGCGGCCAGAGCCGGUUCGAUAAUGGUGGCAACACAUUUGUUCAUACAGGAAGCCAAGAACGGAUUGUUGACGCGCCGAAUGAUGGGAUCAAGGUCGAGAUGAAUAUCGAGGUGAGCCGGAGUGAUCGGAAACUGGAAGAGGCAUAA